UAUGUUGGAUAUGUUUGCUGCCCUGGGUUGUUUGUAAAAAUAAUAAAGGCAGGAUACAAGUAAAUAAAUAAAUAUUCCCCAAAAGAACUGCAGAAAAAAAGAACUCCAAUAUUUUGUGUUUCUAUACCACAUUUAGCAGAUUUCUAUACCACCACCACAAUUUUGUGGCUUUUUUCUUGGUUUUAAUAGAUAUUUUGCCCAGCUGUGGAUUGGAUGGAUGGAUGGAUGGGUAGAUGAUAGAUAGAUAGGAUGAUCUUUUCUUUUUAACACCUGCACCAAAUAUCCUAUUAUAUAAGAUAUAACUUUAUAUCUUAACCUAAGUUAAAAAUUAUGUCCUGUUCUCCUGCACCUGCAUUUCAUUUUGCAAAGUACAGUUCUGAAGUCUUUCUUAAUUGCAUCUUUCUUAAUUGCAUCUUCAUCCUUCCCCGAGCUGGAGAUCUGCCUAUAUUUUAUUAUAUAUUUAAGCCUACUACAUAAAGAAACUGAGUUUCACUCACAGACGUCCUUCUAUCUAAAGAGGCCAGAGAGAAGCAGAGUGGAGAAAUCUCCUCAAACGCAUCAAGGGUGGGACGGGAGCGCUUGAGAAUAGGAAAUCAACUUUUUUUUUUUUUUUUUGCCUUGUUGGGGUGACGGGAGGACAGGACAGAGAUGCGGAGAAGUGAGAAGAUCCAGUUUUAACGACGCCGAGCAAAGCUUCCCGGAGCCAAGUUCACCUCAAACCGCUGGCCGUUAGUAAGAGAUCGUCUAAAAGCGUCGAUGCUUUGACCAGAAAGCGACGAAAGAGAACCAAGCCGCGAAAUAAGCGAAGCCUGGGCGCGAGCCAGCGAGCGAGUGAGGGAAGGCGCGCGCGAGACCGCGCGCGUGAUCCCUACGUCGCCUCCUUUCCUCGGCCCCGCCCGCUUUCGCUCUUGACAAAGCGGCUGCCAAACUCCGCCUCACCAGUCGCUUCCUCCAGCGCCCAGGCCCAGACUCUUCCCUCCGUCAAGGCUUCCAACUCCGGCAGCUUCGGAUUGGCCGAAGGGCUGACAGGAGGCGGAGCGUGAAGUAACCGGCGCAGCCCGCCCUUCGCUAUAAGCCUCUUUGCAGCUUUCCCACUCAAGCUCCCUCGCGCUCCUGUUUCCUGCGUGUCCUUGUACAACCGAAGGAUGAAAACAGCCGCGUCGGGGAAAUCUGCUCCAAACAGGCACAACUGUCGUGUGAACACGCACAGGCUCUACCGUCCGUAGCCUCCUCUGCUUCUUUUCGGUGGCUUGGCUUUUUUAUUAUUAUUCCUUCUUUCCUUCCAAAAAGCGCAACUCCUCUCCUCCGUGUUUCGUCUGAUUUGUUUCUUUUUUCCCCCUUCAUAACCACCUAUCCGACAACAAGUCCCCCUUCCCCCUCUCCUGCCGCCGCAGCCGCAGCCGCUCUCCAGGCCGCGGGAAUCACAAAAGAAAGCUUUGGCAAGUCGGGUUGUGCGGACUUGAAAAGCCCAGGCAAGAAGGACCGAGCGAGCGCGGAAGGCCGGGCGAGGACCGGGAAGACGGCCGAUCCCGCACGAAUCCAACGAGUCACCCAGAGACACUUUUUUGAAAGCGUGUUGGCGUGUGAGGCGACCGAAAGAGAGAGAGAGAGAGAGAGAGAGACAGACGGAGAGAUUAUUAUAAGCCCCUGACGAAAUAGAAAAGAAAAAAAAAGAGAAAAGUUAAAAGGAGCGGGAAGAAAAGGAAGAGCACCUUGUGGGAGGAAUGGUUGCCGCAGCGGGACAGGCUCGCCCCAGCCGUCGUCUUCGUUCUUGCUGAGGUGGGGAUUUAAGUUGAGCGCUACAUGACCGCGCCGAGCGGGGACUCACCAGCACCAUGCGAGCACAAAUUGAAGUGAUACCAUGCAAAAUUUGUGGUGACAAAUCGUCUGGAAUACACUAUGGGGUCAUCACCUGUGAAGGCUGCAAGGGAUUCUUCAGGAGGAGUCAGCAAAACAAUGCUUCAUAUUCCUGCCCAAGGCAGAGAAACUGUUUAAUUGACAGAACCAACAGAAAUCGCUGCCAACACUGCCGACUGCAGAAGUGUCUUGCCCUGGGAAUGUCUCGAGAUGCUGUAAAGUUUGGAAGAAUGUCCAAGAAGCAGAGGGACAGCCUCUAUGCUGAGGUACAGAAGCAUCAGCAGCGGCUGCAGGAGCAGCGCCAGCAACAGAGCGGCGAGGCUGAAGCCUUGGCCCGAGUCUACAGCAGUAGCAUCAGCAAUGGCUUAAGCAACCUGAACAAUGAAACAGAUGGCACUUAUUCAAAUGGGCACGUCAUUGACUUGCCGAAGUCAGAGGGUUAUUACAGUGUGGAUUCUGCUCAGCCUUCCCCAGAUCAGUCUGGCUUAGACAUGACCGGAAUCAAACAGAUCAAGCAAGAACCUAUUUAUGACCUCACUUCUGUACCAAACUUGUUUACCUAUAGCUUCUGCAACAAUGGACAAUUAGCUCCAGGGAUAACCAUGGCAGAAAUAGAUCGAAUUGCACAGAAUAUAAUUAAGUCCCAUUUGGAGACAUGUCAGUAUACAAUGGAGGAACUACACCAGCUAGCCUGGCAAACCCACACAUAUGAAGAAAUCAAAAUAUACCAGAGCAAGUCAAGAGAAGCAUUAUGGCAGCAGUGCGCAAUCCAGAUCACACACGCGAUUCAGUAUGUGGUGGAAUUUGCAAAACGGAUAGCGGGCUUCAUGGAACUCUGUCAGAAUGAUCAGAUUCUACUUCUCAAAUCAGGCUGCUUGGAAGUUGUUCUAGUGAGAAUGUGUCGUGCCUUCAAUCCACUCAACAACACCGUCUUGUUUGAAGGAAAAUAUGGAGGAAUGCAAAUGUUCAAGGCUUUGGGUUCUGAUGACCUUGUGAAUGAAGCAUUUGACUUCGCAAAGAAUUUGUGUACAUUGCAGCUGACCGAGGAAGAAAUUGCCUUGUUUUCAUCUGCUGUUCUGAUAUCACCAGAUCGAGCUUGGCUCUUAGAACCAAGAAAAGUCCAGAAACUUCAGGAAAAGAUUUAUUUUGCACUUCAACAUGUGAUUCAGAAGAAUCAUCUUGAUGAUGAGACUUUGGCAAAGUUAGUAGCCAAGAUACCAACCAUUACUGCACUUUGCAACCUGCAUGGAGAAAAAUUGCAGGUAUUUAAACAAUCUCAUCCUGAUAUUGUGAACACACUUUUUCCUCCAUUAUACAAGGAACUGUUCAAUCCAGAUUCUACCACUGGUUGCAAGUGAAGGGAAAGCUAAAGCUCCUGGAAAUGCAUCACUGAUCAGACAAAAGAAUUGUUGUCAUGAAGACUUUCUUUAAAACAUGUCACUACUGCAAACCUAGGAAUGUCCUGCACUUAAUAGAAUUAUUUUUCACCGCUACAGUUUGAAGAAUGUAAAUAUGCACUCCUGACUGGAGCCUCUAUGGUUUCUCUUCUUUUGGUUAAUUUUGUUUUCCGUUUUAAUUUUUAACUGACCAGAAAAUCACAAGUAUAGAAUACUGGGUGUUAUCUUUAUUUUUUAUUUUAUUUUAUUUUAUUGGAGCUAUGUUCUGGGAGACCACUGUUUAUAGAUGUUUAUUGUAGAUAUAAAAGAAAGCAGAGGAGUAAUUUGCAACAUUACUCUGUUUAGUCAAAUAUAAUUUAAGGAAAAUCCACUAAACUAGGCUUACCUAUUUCUAUGUUUUAGCUAGUUAAAUGCAUGUGGCCAUUUGUAGCUGUCUUGGAAACAGGUGUGUAUGUGUAUGCAAAAAGUCAUGGACUUUCCCUUUGUGGGUGCGGCAUCAAUACAUUGAGGGCUUCAUACUGAUUUUAAAAGGCUCUGCUUUCCCUGAAUUCUUGGCACAAGAGUGAGCAAAGCAUAUUUCAAAGCAGUAGAGUGAGUAUACCAUGCUUGCCCUAUCGCUUUUCCCUACUCAGUAUACAAAGGUUGUUGGGGACUGUCCAUUGCCCUAUGUGUUAUCCUGGGGUGGGGGGAUAAGGGAACAGCUGGAGUACUGAAGUCCCAUAUGGAUUCUCUGACACAUGGGGAAACUUCAUGUCCUGUCUGUCUAUGAGCAGUAUAUAUCAGGGAGGGCCAACAUUCACACUCUUGAACCUGAUCUAUCCUUUAGACCAUGUUUGUAACCAGGAAAAAUUUUUAUGCACCAUUCAAUCACCUCUCCGUUAUAAAUUCCAAUAAAACAGAAUCAUCCAGGGCAUUUCUAGGUAUGUGGACUUCAACUCCCAGAAUUCCCCUGCCAGCAUGGCCGUUGAUAAGAAUUCUGGCAGUUGGAAAUGGCCAAGGUUGAGAAACACUAAUCUAGGACCUUAUUUAUAAAAUCCAGAGAAAGAGAUGCAAUAUUAAAUCUCUCAUACACAGAGGAACACAACCUAAACAUCAUUUGAAAAACAUUUUUUUUCCUUUUUGAAUAAAAUUGCAGGAAAUGUUUUGAUCAAGAUUUAAUUCACAUUUGACAAUACUAUCGGAGAGAGGAUAAAAUUGGUUUAUGAGUCAACUGUUAGCCAUCCCUGAAAUGUACCAAAUACUAUACACUUAUAUACAUAUAUGCGUAAGGAAUGUACACACACAAACACAUGCACACUUGUAGCAUAAAAUAACAUCCCUGUUUUUAAGGAUGUUCUCCUGCAUUUUUAAAUUUCUCUUUGUAAUGUGUUAGGUUUAUGUUGGGCAAGUAGAAUUUUGCUCUGCCAUCUAUAUAUAAUGACAAGAUGGUACCAUUUCUGAUCAAUUUGUAUAUAAUGUUUAUGAGUACUCAGCCAGUGAAUGAAAAGUCAGAUUUGUGUAAUUGGUGCCAAAGCCUUGUCUGGAUAAUUCAAAUGGACAGAGAGAAAAUUAAUGGGAGAUUUUUCUUUUCAUCAAUGAUAGCGCUGAAAUCUAUACUAAACUAUACUAUUAUCAAAUAUAUUACCAAUCAACUGUUUAAAUUGCAGAGUACAACAUACAGCAUCCAACGCAGUACAUUUAUUUUGUGUGGACCAGAUAAUUUAUUUUAUUAAUCUUUCCUGAAACAAGAACAAUUAGAGAUUCAGUUUGCUCUGACAUCCUUCAAGGGCCAUCAGAGCAGGUCCAGUAAGAGACAGCUUUGAAGAAUGAAGUAAAAGUCACAAGGCCAUCCAGUCAUCAGCUAGGAUCUUUUGUGAGAGUGCAGACUUCCCAUAUGCAUCACCAUUAUAUAACUAUACUGCAGCUUUGGGAUCAACAGCUUUUUCUUUGGUUCAUUUCAUAUCCAGAGCUCUAGUUGAGUAGUUUCUAAUGUGCAAUAAAGUUGAAGCUCUGUCUUUAGAUCUAUUUUCCCUACAAAUGACUCAAUUAAUAGGAAAAUAGUUAUUCUACAAAAUUUUAUACCCUAGUUCCAGGAUACUUUCUAUUAAAAUUUUCUUAGUCUCCCACAAAUUAUAAAGUGGAAUUCAUAAACAGGUACAAUACAAUUGUCUUCUCCCUACCAUCACUCUCUUUCUCUUGAGUUUCUCAAACUAUAUUUUUCAUUAGUCCUUUAGGAUUGUGUGAUUCAGAUUCACUCUUCGGAGGUAUGCACGUACAGUUAUUAAAGGUCUUACAAAGACACAUCCUUCAUAAUUGGGCCUUCAUUAUUGCUCUGUCUUACCAUCUUAGAAAUUGAAAAAAACUAUAGAAUACUUACAUUAUUUUGCAUUACACCUGCAUUCAGAUGUCUGCUACCCCAUAAAGUCAUUCUUUUGAGCUUCUGACAUUAACAUUCUUUACAGAUUACAAUGUUCAAUGCUAUUCUUUUAAAAUUGCUUUAUUCACACAGUGUUCUGCACUCCAGGUUUUCCUAUAGAAAUAUAUAGCAGGGCUGUGGUACAAUAGUGUUUUUUGAAAGGUAUUCAACAUCUCUACCUCUGAUUUUCCAAACCAGAAAUACAUUAUCUUACAGUCCUCUUGAAGCAACUCUUUCCUAAACUGUUAAAUUAAUCCAUUGAGCUCUGAACAAUGUAAUGAGAGAUCUAAAGAAGAUGAAACUUGGAAAUACAUAAGCAGACUCCCACUCAUAUAAUACAAGAGAGCUUCUCUCUCUUAUACAAUCCCUCGAAAUUUGCUAGUUAGUCCCUAAAUCAUCCAUUACAGGUUUUGAAAGUAAACAUCAGUGGGGAUUGAAAAUUGCAAUUUUUGUUUCUGCUAAUAGAAGCUUUUUGCUGGAAGGGAUUAAUUAGCUACUUCUCUUAAUUUAGAGGUACCAUAUAUUCCGGCAUAUAAGGCGACUGGGCGUAUAAGAUGACCCCCAACUUUUGAGAAGAUUUUCAGGGUUUAGAAAGUCAUCUUAUACGCCAGAAAAUACAAUACAAUAUUGAAU